AUUCAUCAGCGAAGUCAUGGGCACUGGACACAAUCACGUUGCCGCGCGGAUCGAAGCUCGGCCGGGCGGUGAGACCACAUCCAGAUCCAUCGAUCAAUCACAAUUUGGUCUGUGAUUGAUAGCUUGCUUGCUUGCGUGCUGAAUUGCAGCCAUGGCGUCGUGUGCUCUGCUCCUGCCCACCACGCUUGCGCCCACCGCCCUCCCUGCUCCCUGCUCCUCCGCUCCUACCCACGUCGCGGAUGGCGCCCGCGCUGCCGGUGCUCGCCUGCUCGUGUCGUCGCGCGGUGCUGCUGUGAGGCCCAGUGGACGCUUGGAGACACUUGCGUCGAUGGGCCGAUUCAGGGUGGCGAGGACGGACGAGCGGUGGAGAGUGCGAGUGGUGUGCGCAAUGGCUGUGGACUUGGGGGGAUCGAGGUCGAGCGAGGGAGCGGGGAAGGUGGAGGCGGGGACGCGGAUACGGGUGAUUGGACCUUUGAAGGUGUACCAUGUGCCCAAGCAUCCGGAAUUGGACAUCGUUGGGCUGGAAGGGGAGGUGAAGGAGGUGGUGACGACGUUCAAGGGCAAGCCGGUGUCGGCGACGCUCCCGUUUAAGGUGCAGCUGAUGACGCCGGGCGAGGAGAGCCGGAAGUUCGUGGUGCAUUUGAAGGAAGGCGAAUUGGAGGUUGUGGAGUGAGAUUGGGUGCGAGGGAGGAGCAGGCGGUGUAGGAUAGAUCGAUGGCGACAGGAGGGAGGUGGGAAGCGAUCGGGUGUGCGUGGCACACCAGCUUGUACUUUGGUGCGACGAAGCGUAGAUGUGUGGCACAGUGGCGGGUGCAAUGGAAUUUGUGGGAAUUGUGUACAGUAAGAGAAGAAGGAGACGGUGGCUGCUGCACACUUGCGAUGGAGGUUGGUGAGAGGAGGGAGGAAGAAUGAGAAUGGAGGAGGUGGGAGGAUGUAGUGGGAGCAGGUGGUUGGAAAUAGGGUGGUGCACUGUGAUUGCCUGGCCUCAUAGCAGCAGGUUGUGGGGUCAGCUUUGCACGUCAUGAUUGGGAGUGAUGAGGGGAAUGACGUUUUCCGUAGGAAAAAGAAAUGGCAACGUGAAGCGAUGAUCUGAUUUUCGCCUGUGUGUGAUAUACCAGACCAAGGGUGUUGUAAUUGGUGACAUAUGCUGGUAGAGUUGUUGACACGCAUACUGUGUGCGCAGUUUCAUGGGAAUCAGGGUGCUUUCUGUUUGUAGCCAUUUCUGCUGUGAGCAUUAGCGCACACAAACUUUAAAUACCUGAUUCCCGCAUCCGCUCCCGACAAUGACGUGGGUAUGUAUGUCCGGUUAUGUUGUCAGAGUUUCUCAUUAUUUCCAACUUUGAUUUCAUAGCUUUUUGAUCGUGCAGGAGUCGGUGGGAUCUUAUCUAGCAAUGUCUACUCACCGACUCCACUACGUCGUUUUAGGGAUCUGAAUCAUUUGCGCUAGUUGCACGGAGUGUUUCUCAAAAUUUUGUGUUUUCACAUAUAAAUUUGGUAACCAUGCUGUCA